UGGUUUCACUUGGCCAAUUCCUAGGGUGACUGUAGAGUCGAGUCAAGUUUUUGGCGCCGUUGCCGGGGACGGCUAGGUUGUUGAAGAAAAGUGAUUUCUGUUAAUUUAGCUUUUCUUUUUGCUUUGUUUGUUUUGUCCCACUUGUGCCUUCACGGGUUUGCUUGCUUGAGUGUGUGCAGGUAGUGCAUGACCCGUAGCCAGUCAGGAGGUUUACUGCCGUUGAAUCCAGAGAUUGACAGCACCUGUGGCCAGCUCAGGAGACAACAGCGAGCUAGACUGGCUACAGAAGAGCGCAUAGACGGCCACGUGAGCAGUGAUUCUGAAGAAGAGCACGGGAUGGACGGAGAGUACAAUCAACACCAGGGGAAUCCUCAGCAGGCUCCCCCGGUGAAUCAGGUCCUGGGGAACAACCCCAUACCCCAGGAUCAUGGAGUUCAUCAUCCACCGCAGCCGGGACUUGAAUCGUUCUAACUACAACAUCCCGAUCGACGGCCAAGUAUAACCGGCGACCGGUUACAGCAUAAGGCAAGCUAGCAAUAAGUAUUUAUCGUACCACAAGGAUCUAGGCUUACCGUACUUCAGGUUUAGGGUCCGUUAUCUAGCCAACCUAGAGUAGUGAUUAGGAAAACUGAGCUAACUAACCUAGACUAUCCACUAACCUAGCUAUUUACAAGGUUUGGAGCUCUCUUGAGUUAAAUCCCCCUAUUUCCGACCUUUGGAUCGAUGUUGAGUAUCCUACUAGUUCGAUCGACCCACUAUCCUACCGUUAGGAGAUGAACUCCCUCGGGACUGACCCGAAACGGUGAAGUGAUGGAUGGGCAGGAUCCCUAUUCAACCUAGGGCACCCCUAUAUCGUAGGAGAUCGAUCCAAUCGACUCCCUCGGGGAUUGCCCGGACGAUAUGGGGUGAGGAGUUGUUUCCCUCCUAGGUCAAAAGAUUGACUCAAUUACUCUACCGUUAGGAGAUAGACUCCCUAGGGAAUGACCCGGAAUGGCAAAUCGAUGAAUGUGGUAGGCUCUAUUCAACCGAAGGGAACCCUAUAUCAUAGGAGAUUGAUGAAAUCGAUUCCCUCGGGGAUUACCUGGACGAUAUCGGGUGAGGAGUGACCCGAAGACGCCAAUAAUGGGCUCUAAGGGGGUUUUCUCCCUCCUAGGUCAAAAGCUCAAUACAUGAAAAUGGAAACCCAACUCGUGUCAUUCAUGAAAACAUCCAUCAAUUAAGUAAUAUCAUCAAUCAAACAUGUAAUGUGCCACAUACAUCAACAUUAAACCCAAAUCUAGACCUGGGGUUCUUAAACCAAGAGAAGAGGGUGAGUUUCUAGAGAGAAAAGGGAGAAAUUACAAAUUGGAGCCUAAGAUCUUCUUCUCCUUCUAGGCUUGAAUCCUUGUCUUCAAGAUCAAUCCAAGCUUCCAAUUAAGCUCCAAGAUCACUCAAGCACUCUCCCUCUCUCUCUCUGACUCCCCUUUGGUGUUUUGGGUUGAAACCCUAGAGAAAGAAACUAUUUCCUCUCCCAAAAACCAGCUCCCCCUUUCUUCCUUCUGGUGCUGCCUUUUAUACCCAGAUCGUAGGCUGUUCGCGGUCUGAGUUAACAACCGUGAACUCAAAGCCUGGAUAGUGAACUCGAACCAAUUCGCGCUAUUUCACUACAGCACUUCACGGUCUUACGACCGUGAACUGACUUGGCGUGAGUAAUCUCUGGAAGUGCUCUAGAACCCGCCCAAUUCAAGGUCACGGGAAAAUUGUCACGGUAUGGUGAUCUACUAAGCAUAACAUAUAAGAAAUGAGAGAUAAAAUGUGUACAUUUAGACCCGAAUCACUCCCCUACACUUGAACAAGGUAAACUUGCAACUUUUUUUUUCAACAAAAUUUUUGGGGAAUGUCAUAGGGCACAAAAUGAAUGAAUCACAAUGGUUAUUUGACACCGACCUAUGGACAAAAACAAAGUAAUCAUGGAAACCACCACAAACGAUAUUCAACUGUAUUAAGAUUGUGCAAAUGAAGAGUUCUCACAUUAUUCAUCAACCAACACACAACAUGCAUCGACGACUCACCAAUCACAGUCACUCAUGCAUGAAGAUCACAUCAUAGGAACAACGAUCGAGCAACCUAGGUCCUCACCACGGUAUAAGAAAUGAACAAAACAUGA